AUGGCCACCCCGGCCGCCCACCCCCGGCCGCCCUCGGACGCUCGCGCGCCGGCCUGGCCUGGCCGCGACCGUGGCCACCCCGGCCGCAUGCGCCCCCGUGUCGCCCGUCCCCGGCCGCCCUCGGACGCACGCGCGCCGGCCUCGCCUGGCCGCGGCCGUGGCCUCCCCGGCGGCCCGUCCCGGCCGUCCCCGGCCCCCACGCGCCCCCGCGCCCCGCCCCUGCCCCCUCGCCAGGCCGCGCCCGUGGUAGCCUGGGUCGCGCGCGCCCCCGGCCGCGCCCUGCGCCGUGCGCGCCGGUCGCGCCCGUGGCCGCCCCGGCCGCCCGUCCCUCGCCUGGCCGCGCUCGUGGCCGCCCUGGCCUCGCCCCGCGCCGGUCUCGCCUGGCAGCGCCCGUGGCCGCCCAUGGCAGUGCCGGUCCUCACCCUUAUUGGAAUUUUAUUAGCUGCUAAAUGA